AUGAUUUCUAAACUGUGUACCAUUAAUAAUACACUUGUUCGGAGGGUUAGCCUCGCUUCAGUAAGCCGUGCUAAUUGGAGAUUCCAAAACGUUUCCGUUACCUCUUUUGCAACCUCUCACAAGAGACCUGAAAAUCCAAAAUUUUUCAACGACCCUUCCGAAGUUAAGCCUUAUGUUUUGGGACUGCGCUACACUGAGUUCACAAAGGACCUCUACAUGGCCACUGAUUCUCCUGUUAUUCCUAUUUUCCAGGUUAUGAAGACGGAUGGCACUCUUCACGAAGGACACACCAACCCCUUUGAAUCAGACGAUAAGGUUAAAGAGCUACUUAAGACCAUGGUGCGACUUAGUGUUUGGGAUAACCUCUUCUACAACAUACAGAGACAAGGGAGGAUAUCUUUUUACAUCCAAAACCAGGGAGAGGAGGCUCUUCAGUUGGCCGCAGGACUCGCUCUUAAGCAUCAGGAUCACCUCUUCUGCCAGUACAGGGAGAUGGGAGUUUGCUUUGCCAAGGGUUGCUCAGAGGAUGAUUUCCUGGCACAACUCUUCUCCACUCACAGGGAUGAGGGCAAGGGGAGACAGAUGCCAAUUUCGUACUCUAAGAGGAGCGUUAACCUGCACACAAUCACAACUCCUCUCUCCUCUCAGAUUCCUCAAGCAUCCGGUACAGGCUACGCGCUGAAAAUGGCAGGAGAGGACGCAGUAUCAAUAGUGUUCUUCGGAGAAGGCGCAGCCUCAGAGGGCGAUUUCCAUGCUGCGGUUAACUUCGCAGCAGUUCGUCAGAGUCAGACGAUCUUCGCCUGCAGAAACAACUCGUACUCCAUCUCUACCCCCGUUAGGGACCAGUACAUUGGAGAUGGAAUUGCAAUCAGAGGUCUAGCGCUUGGAGUUCCGUCUCUUAGAGUCGAUGGCAACGAUUUGUUUGCAUCGUACAUUGCAAGUAAACACGCCAGGGAAUACUGCGUUAAACACUCGACACCAGUCGUGAUUGAGUACAUGACCUACAGAAUUGGGCACCACAGCACUUCUGACGAGUCAUCACAAUACAGAGGAAAAGGAGAAUUUGAGGCUUGGGCGAAAGAUGGAGUUAAUCCGAUAAAGCGCGUCGGACUCUAUCUUGAAUCAAAGGGCAUGUGGUCAAAGGCCGAGGAAGACGCUUUGAAGAAGGAAGCCACCUCCUAUAUGCUCAAGAAGAUAAAGGAAUACGAGAACCUCAGCGCCGUCGACGUGGUCCCAGGACUCUUCGACGACGUUUACGACAAAGCACACCCACAACUCGACCAACAAAGGGACGAGUUGAGGUCACACCUUGAGAAGCACAAGGACAAGUAUGACAUGUCCAAGUUCAAAGACGUAGGAAAAUAA